AACAAUAAUCCAAACCAAAGGAAGCGAAUAGAAUAGGAAACGCACAGCAGACAAGAUAGCAAGAAAAAAAAAGGUUCGGAAAAGGGGAAGUUGGCACAGAGAAAUCCUACCCCGAGCGGAGAGAGCGGAGGGCGACCGGAGGACUGCUCGCUCGCUCGCUCGUCGGUGGUGGUUCCGCCCUCUCUCCUUCCCUCCCUCCUCCGCGCUGCCCAGGUGUUAGCUGAUCACUACUUCACUAGGAGGGAAAAAGGAGCUACCAUGGGCAUUUCAUCCAAGUGGAUCAAAUCACUUGUUGGGAUAAAAAAGCAUGGAAAAGCUCAAAAUGGCGAAAGCAGCAGAGAAGUAAGUCAAAGGAGGAGCUCUGCUGCUCAGGUGCUACACAAACGGAAACAUUCCGUGGAUACUGAAGGCGCCCUUGCAGUUGCAGAACACAGAGUGCAAACUGAACCAUUGGCUAGUGACACCAAUACACAGACAAUUUCAUCUGAGACUGAACUAAAUACAAAGGAGCAUCAGGCUGCAACAAUUAUUCAAUCAGCCUUUCGAGCAUUCUUGGCUAGGCGAGCUUUACGGGCAUUAAAAGGAUUAGUUAGACUCCAGGCUCUCGUUAGGGGCCAUGCUGUACGAAAGCAAGCAGCAGAAACACUUCAGUGUAUGCAAUCACUAGUAAAGGCUCAAGCUCGUGUCAGAGCAAGACAGGUUCGUAUUGGUUUGGAAGGUCAGGUACCCCAGAAGAAGGCUCCUGAACAAAAUGCUCAGGAGGAUCAAGCUCGAGAAAUUGAGGAACGCUGGUGUGGCGGUAUUGGCUCGGCGGAAGAAAUGCAAGCUAAAGUACUGAAAAAGCAAGAAGCUGCCGCUAAGCGGGAAAGAGCAAUGGCAUAUGCUUUAACGCACCAGCGGCAAGCAGGUUCGAGGAAACAGAAAGCUGCAGAUGUCCAAGGGCCAGAGGCGGAUGAGAACCAGUGGGGGCGGAACUGGGUGGAGAGGUGGGUGGCUGUACGCCCGUGGGAGAACAGGUUACUGGACAGUAAUGCCAAAGAGAAUGUACCAAUUGGUGAUGAUAAGGAGGCUGAGGAAAAUGGGGACAGGGAUGUAAACAAGCCAAAAGGAAAAGUUGCAGUUUCGGGCAUUCAGUUAAAUGGUUCAAGCCAGACGAAAGAUGCAAAACACAAGAAGUCACAUUCUGAUGCAAGUGGUUCUUCAUCAGGGCAAUCUGCGGCUGCGCCACCCGCCGCUUCUUUGGGAUCAUCUAAGCUGAAACCGAAGCCAUCGGAUCAAACCUCCGAGGAAGUCAGCCCUCAACCUACAGAUCCGGCUCCACGGUCCACAAGUAAUCCGAAGGAAAGGCCAGCAGCACAAGUCAAUGCACCAACCAAGAAGCGGCUAUCCCUUCCUAACAACGCAGCUGCCGGUGGCGCGGCAAGAAAAGGCCAGGCGAACAGCAGCGAGAAAGCUCAGCCCGUCGGUUCCAAGAACAAGGCGAAAGGAGCAUCCAAGUCUGAAUCGAAGCAGCGACCGAGCCCUGGUAGCACAAGCGCGAAGCGGGUUUAGGCAGAGGCCUGAUGAUCAACCAACUCAGUUCCAUUUCAUCCAGAAACUUAGUCAUGGCAAUGAUGUCGCUGCAUCAUCUGUGUACAUAAAACCAAGAAAUAAACAACCCUGCAUCUAGAUCGCCGCCACGCUCCAUGCCCCGUCGGUAGGCGUUGCUGUAACCAUUACCUCAUGCUUCCGUAGCAUUCUGUGUGUAUGUUUUCUUCUUCGACCCACUCUUCCGAAAGAACCGAAGAGGCAAGCACCAUGUUAUCUGCAAGUUGUGUCUAUCUAUCCUUCAGUGUAAGAAAAACCAUGCUUUAAUGUUCCAACAUUGCAUGUUCUGCAGCAUCAA